AUGUCGGCCGAAGUACCUGACUCUGGAAACCAUGCCGUUUGGUCAGGCAAUGGAGUCAACAUACUUUACGCUCCAUAUAAGUAUGAAGCCUUCGGACCCGAAAAACUUUGGGAUGAUGUGACCGUCCAUACAUUUUUCGCGAAACACUGGAGUGCUUCCAUUUGGUUAGCCAUUGCUUAUGUCGGCAUCGUCAAUGUUCUUCAAAAAUUCAUGGAAAAUAGAAAGCCCUACAGUAUGAGAGCAUUGUUGUUAGCAUGGAAUGGCUUCUUGGCAGUAUUCAGCAUAAUGGGCACAUGGCGAUUCGGGAUAGAGUUUGUGAAUAUAUUAACGACCAGGCCCUUCACGGAUUCAAUUUGUUUCUCUGUUGAUCCUCGUGGACCAGCAGCUUUUUGGGCCUGUCUCUUCAGUUUCUCUAAAAUCGCAGAGUUUGGAGAUACUCUAUUCCUGAUCCUCCGUAAAAGACCAGUUAUUUUUCUUCAUUGGUAUCACCAUGCGGUAGUAAUUAUCCUCAGCUGGCACUCAGCCGUCGAACUCACAGCAGCUGGAAGAUGGUUUAUCAUGAUGAACUACUUCGUUCACUCCAUUAUGUACACAUACUAUGCCAUAGCUUCUCUUGGAUAUCGUCUUCCUAAAAUAGUAUCAAUGACCGUAACAGCUCUACAGACCGCUCAAAUGCUUAUCGGAGUUGCAAUCUCGGUCUUGGUACUUUUCAUCAAGUUAAACGGCCAGCUCUGUCAGCAAUCCUACGACAACCUAGCCAUUUGCUUCGCCAUAUAUGCUAGUUUCCUCAUUUUGUUCUCCAGCUUCUUCAACACGGCUUACCUGACUACUAGGCCAAAGAAGGAUGCAGCCAAGACACAAUAA